AUGCCUGUCCCCCCUGCAAACGGGGAAGCCGGACCUGUGGCUUUGGAGCUGCCGCCUAAGCCCAUACCUUUGCCUUUGAGUGGCCAGCUGAACCCCUCUGCAUUUAUCACAAACUUGUGGCUGAGCGUUCGUCUAUGCUCUCGCGGUUUCACCCGUUCAGAGCUGCUGCUGAUCGCACGCAGUCUGCCCAAGUCCGAACUUGGGGUUGGUGCGUCCCAGCCGGUUGUAUUCAGAAUGCAAAGACCUGCAUGCACAGCUGUGCUGUCACCUACGGGAUCUCUUUCUAUUAUGGGGGGCAUCACGAAAGAACAGGCGCUCUGGCAGGCGUACAGAGUGGCCUAUAAACUCAAAUACAGAGUCUGGUGGAAACCGGUUGAGCAGCGAGAAGGCGAGGACGACGCUGCAACUGUGGAGUACCUCUGCAACCCCCAUAUUGAGUUCGACCCUGAGGCCGCUUCUGUUUUGCAAUUAGUUUGCCGCGUGGAUUUGGGCGGCUCCUUUCGGCCCGAUAUCCGCGAAGUGCUGCAACACCCGCAGCUUAGAACUGCUGCGAUUGAUACACGAGACGGCGUCGCCGUUCGAAUUCCCCAGAUUCAACAAAUUCAAGAAAGCGCAGAAAAGCAGACACAACUUGCAAGAGGGGAUGUCGCGGCGGACGCACAUGAUGACUUUGGAGGAGAUUUUUUUGCAGUCGACGCAGAAGGAAGAGAACUCCGAGGCCGCCGAAAUGCGAAAGCGAAAGGACCGACUUGUUUGAUCUUCCGAACCGGAAAAAUCCUCGUCUUGGGCUGCAGAAGCCCAGAAGAGAUAAAUGCUGCAAUUGACUUCGUCUGGCCAGCCCUUGUAGGACUGUAA